GUCAUCAGGAGGCGACGUCGCUGCGUGAGGCGAUGGCGGAUCCCGGCGAAGCGGGCCGGGAGGAGCUCGGGGCCGCCGCCGCCGUCGAUCAGGAGCCGCCGCCCGCGGCCUCGUCCCCCUCGGGGGAUGGAGCGGCGGCGGCGGCGGGGGAGGAGGAGCCGGCGGCCGCGGAGGUGGUGGGCGAGGGCGAGGCGGGAGACGCCGGCGGGGGCGGCGAGCCCAAGGCGGAGGCGCCGGCCGGGGAGGUGAGGAGCGCGGAGGGGGAGGCGGUGGACGGGGAGGACCCCAGCCUGCAGCCGUCCGCGGCCAAGAAGGUGAAGCUGGAGCUGAAGGAGAGGAAGGAGAAGAAGCACAAAGUGGACGAGGACGAGAUCCAGAAGAUGCAAAUACUGGUCUCUUCCUUUUCUGAAGAACAGCUGAACCGUUACGAGAUGUAUCGCCGGUCUGCUUUCCCCAAAGCUGCUAUUAAACGGCUGAUCCAGUCCAUCACCGGCACCUCUGUCUCUCAGAACGUGGUUAUCGCCAUGUCUGGCAUUUCCAAGGUCUUCGUUGGGGAGGUGGUGGAAGAAGCACUGGAUGUCUGUGAGAAGUGGGGAGAGCUGCCACCUCUGCAGCCCAAACACAUGCGAGAGGCGGUCAGGAGGCUUAAGUCACGAGGACAGAUCCCCAACUCCAAAUAUAAAAAGAUCAUCUUCCACUGAAGUGUCCCAAGAGAAGACAGAAGUUAAAACAAGUUCCCGGUUGUGAACCUCACAACAGCUACAGCAGAGCUACGAGACUGAAGCUCCUUCGGGAGCGUUGUGUGUAGACUUAAGUGACUGCAGGCAGGCUUCCUGCCAUCCCUGCUGGAGUCUGGCAUUCAUCUGAGCAUGGUGCAGAAGUGGGCAGGAGCCAAAUCCCUGACCUGGAGCCUUGGGCUCCCUCUGCUUCAACAGAGGGGGGAUAAGAAUGCUCAAGGUCUUUGGUAUAUUCACCCACCAGGGUCAUACUUUCUGCUGGCACAGAUGUAGAGGUGUCUCUGUACAGAAGUGUGUCUUUUUUUUUUUUGUACAUUAAACUUGUUAUGGUAUUCUUAGUCUUGCUGGGAAAUACUAA